ACGUGUUUUUACCCUAAUCCCACUACGGACUCAUCUCUCUCUCACUCACCACCACAUUCAGAGUCUUCUUCUCAGGCCCUGACACAACUGGUCACGCACGGCUCUCACCCACCGGUACCACCUCCAACAAGCUUUCUCUGUUACGAAGGAAGGAAAUUUUUAAUGGGUAUAGAGAAUCAAAGGCGUAAAGAUGAUGAUCACUGUAGAUUGGCUAGGGAGAGAAGUUUUCGUUCUCGUGCGGCGUGGAAACUAAUAGAGCUUGACGACAAGUAUGGAUUGUUUCACAAAACUGGGGCUGUUCUCGACCUCUGUGCUGCUCCAGGCAGUUGGAUGCAGGUAGCCACUCUACGGGUGCCACGUGGAAGCCUUAUUGUGGGUGUGGAUUUGAAUUGGGUUAAUCCAAUUCCAGGCGCCAUUUUUAUUAAGCAGGACAUCACCAAACCCCAAUGCAAGUCGGAGAUCAAAAGGGUGAUGAGGAAGUAUGAGUUCUCUGCCUUCGAUUUGGUUCUGCACGAUGGUGCCCCAAAAAUGGGCGGUGCUUGGAAUAUGGAAGCCACUGUUCAGAAUGGUUUGGUCAUCGAUGCCCUUAAGUUGGUUACUCAUUUUCUGGCUCGUAAUGGUACAUUUGUUACCAAGGUUUUUCGUUCUCAAGAUUAUAACUCUGUCAAGUAUUGUCUUUCAAAGUUAUUUGAGAGAGUUGUGGUGCACAAACCAAAAAGUAGUCGUUUUUCAUCUGCCGAGAUAUUUGUUGUAGCUUUCAAGUAUAAGGCUGCAGCCAAAAUUGAUCCUCGAAUACUCGAUGUGAGGUAUCUAUUUAGAGGAGCCAUAGAACCCCAAAAGAAGAAGGUGGUGCAUGAUUUAGGACGAGUGAAAAAAAAACGACAUCGUGACGGGUAUGAAGAUGGAGACACAACUUUAAGGAAGGUGUCAACAGCUGCAGAAUUUAUUUGGUCUGAAACUCCUCUUGAUAUCCUUGGUUCUGUUACUUCCAUAUCCUUUGAUGAUCCAACAUCUUUACUCAUCAAGGAUCAUGUUUUAACAACACAAGAGGUUAAAAUUCUUUGUGAUGAUCUGGGUGUCUUGGGUAAACAAGACUUUAAGCACCUUUUAAAGUGGAGAAUACUUAUAAGAAAGGCCUUGAUAGUUUCAGAGAAGACUGAAGUUACUACUACUACUACUACUGUUACAAAUGUUGAAAGUGAGGAUGAAGACGAUGAUAAAGUAGUUAAAGAAAUGGAAGAGUUGACACAUGUGUUGGAGCGUAAGAAGAAACGGGUGAGAAAGCUUCUUGCGAAAAGACAAGCUAAGGAGAAGGCACGUAAGGCAACGAGUAUGCCAAUGGAUGGAGUGGAUGAUAGUUAUGUUGACCACGAAUUGUUUUCCCUCUCUACCAUUAAGGGUAAAAGCGCUCUUAAAACAGUUUAUUCUACUGAACUUGAUGAUGAUUAUGAUACACAUGGUGAUAUGGGUGAUAGUGAAAAUGAAGAAAGUCGUAAUGGAAGUGAACAAGAUGAUUUAUCCAGGGAUUUAGACUUUGAUGAAGAGCGAAAAAGAUAUGAUGAACAAAUUGAAGAUCUUCUUGAACAAGCUUAUGAGCAGUAUGUUUCAAAAAAAAAGCAGCAAAAUAAGCCUUCAAAGCGAUUGUGCUCUCAUGAUGUCCAACUUCUUGAGAGUGUUGAUAGUGAUGAUGGAAUUAUUCCUUCUGAGUAUGAUUCAGAUGGUGAUCAAGAAAUGAAUCCUCUUUUGGCAGUACUUGAUCUAGGCAAGAGUCUAACCCAAGAAGAGAUAACAAAGAAGUGGUUUAGUCAGGAUAUCUUUUCUGAAGCUGUGGAUGAUGAAGGAGAAGGAAAUGUAGGGAAGUUUGAUAGUGAAGAUGAAAUGCAAAAGAAGAUUGUUGUGCAAGUAAAGAAGGCACAAAAAAAGACCAAGAACAAUGAUUUCGAGAUAGUACCUAUUGCACCAACUACAGUUUUUGAUUCAGAUGAUGACAACGAUGAUGUUGAUGCGAAGGCUGAGAUCCUAAGUUGUGGGAAGAAUAUGUUGAAGAAAAAGCAAAGGGAUGUGAUACUUGAUGAUGCCUACAAAUAUAUGAUGUUUGGCGAUGAGGAGAGUCUGCCCAAGUGGUUCUUGGAUGAAGAAAAGAGGCAUUCACAGCCCAUAAAGCCUGUCACCAAAGAAGAGGUGAAUGCCUUGAAAGCUCAGUUCAAAGAAAUCGAUGCUCGGCCAGCAAAGAAAGUGGCAGAGGCCAAAGCUCGGAAGAAACAUGUUGCAAUGAAGAAGCUUGAGAAGGUGCACAAGAUGGCUAAUGCCAUAUUAGAGCAGACAGAAAUAUCCAACAUAUCUAAGAAUAGGAUGAUUGGUAAGCUAUAUAAGAAGGCAAUUCCUAAAAAGCCUACAAAGGAAUAUGUGGUAGCAAAAAAAGGUGUCCAAGUAAAAGUUGGGAAGGGUAAAACCCUUGUGGAUAGGCGCAUGAAGAAGGAUAUAAGGGCUGUCAAGGCCAGAAAGAGUAAGAUGGCUAAAGGCACAGCUCAAAAAAAGGCCAAAGGGUUUAGAUUUUAAUAAUUUAUUUAUAUGAUUUUCAUUAUGUAUCUAAUUGGACAUGCAAUAUUACAAUAUUAUUUGUUCUCUGCUUCCUAUUGGAUGUUGUUUUAAGUUAUGCAUAGAGGAUAUCAUACUUUCUAGUUUCUGCCCAA